CGAGCCAACUGCUUCGUCAAAGCCUUCCGUUAAAUUCUCUCUGUAGCUUUGAGAGAGAUUUCGUGCAGAAGAUAUUCGUCUUCAGUCGUUCCGAGUGGUUCUCGCCGCAGGCUCGUUUGCUUUCAAAAUGAACGCUGCGCACCAUUUGACGGAGGAGCAAGCGGCCAAGCGCCGGAAGCUCCAAAAGUCUUUGACCGAAGACGUCACCGACAAGAUCUUGCGCAACCCAGUCUUAUCCUGGAUCGUGCCAGAGAAGGCGGUAUUCAUAUUUUUUCUAAACCAGUAGAGACCUGGGGAGAAGCUUUUACUUUUUUGCUGUAGAGUUCAAAUAGCGUUGUAGUUGCAUUGAUUUCUUUCUUUCCUCAAUCCUUUCCGUCAUAAAAUCAGUAGAGCUUUCUUCUUGGGUACUUGGUAUUUAUCCAAGCCAGUUGCUGUCUGUCUUCUCGACGAAUCGCUUCUCUUUUCACAGGAGCACCUCAACGUGACGAACGCUCUGAAGCGUGUGGUGAAGGUCCACAAGUACCGUCAGUCGACUAUUGUAGCCUCGAUCGAGGGAAUCGCGAAUGGCAGCAUCCACAUGGACGAUAUGAGCGAGGACGAGAAGACCAUUAGGUCCGCUUUUCUCAAGCUCGGAGCAUUGAUGUUGAUGAUGCUCGGUGAGAGCGAGACCCGCAAGAUGGUGACCUGCGUGGUUCGCUGGAAGGAUACGAUUGCGGCUUCUACCUGGCAACGCAUUCACGUACUUUUCUCUCAUUUCUUGACUCUCGUAUUGGUUUUAAUAGGACGAGUGGACUCCUGGUUGUAGUGUUCUUCAACAUUGUGCAACAGUCUCGCGGUCGUAUAUCCUAAACAAAGGCCAGAGAUUAUUUUCGUCAUAUCGCAAAACAUAGUCACCAUGGAAAUCGUUUUCUUUUCUUCUUUCAUCAUUUACCCUGCGCACACUCGUCACGACAGACUUUGCUUCGCCGUAAAUGCGACCUCCUGACGUCCGCGCAGCAGGCUUUUGCGACGAUUGAGGAACUGCAAAAGGUGGCUAAGAACCACCCCGACCAGCUGAACGAGUGUGAAUAUCAUGCAGUGGUGGCAUACUGCAAAGGGGUGGUUCGUGACCGAAAGAGCGAGUCUGUGGAGUUGAGGAACAAAACGCCAGUGAUGAUCGCAGACUGGUUCAGAUUUCUCAUGCAAUUGCUUAUGAUAGUACUUGCGUGCUGGAGACCUCGGGCUAUCUUUUUGCACAACUAAGUCGGUCAAAGUUGUAGGCUUUUCUCUAGGAGUUCAAAAUGCUUAGAGAUUGAUCAGCUUAAAUCAACGCAAUCGAUUGCAAACACCGACCAUCGGGCAGAGUUCUUCACGUUUCUCUGAAUUGUCAACACAGGAACGAGAAGCACCAAUCGAUCUUCGGGGGAACCUUUCCGACUCUUCUGAAAUUCAGAGACGAGAUCAACAACUGUGUGACCAUGUCCAUUACGUACGACGACUUGAUUGGGCGCUUGCGCCAGCAAGGCAACGGCCCAAUUCGCGACAAUGCGCCAGAAAACAACUCCGCGUGGUACAUCUGGUCGAAAACCGUGAAGGUACUAGCUUUUCUGUCUAUUUUUUCGGAUGAUCUUGAAAAUUCAAGUCGUUGCUUCUUUCUUCGCCUCAUGUUCUACUCGAUUAUCACAGAUGCUGGAGGAUGCGCAGCUUGAAGUUGUGGCGCAGGCUUUCAAACGCGCGUUCUUGUGCUUGUUCAACACCACGAACGACCCGGGCCUUCACCCGGCCACUCUGUCAACCUAUGCCGCUAAGCUGAAACCGGUCUACGACAAGCAGCUGAUGUGCGACUGCUUCGAGGCGCUGAGUCGCAACGUCACCGACUUGGCUACCUGGGUACUUUCUAGAGCUUACACCUGUUUCGGUAAUGUUCGUCUAGAGGGUUUCGAGGUUUGAAGAUUUUCUUGCAAUUUUAGCAACAGAACCUCAAAAAUUGAUGCUGUUUGUCACAAGAAUCUUGGUAGUUUUCGCCAUGGAGAUGAGAGAGAUACACCUUCAGUCAUUUCCUCACUUCUUUGCACAUUGCUGUGCUGUAGUUUUCUCCUACCCUUUCUCCAGGUGGACGACGGCAUGCGCAACGGUCUCUGUCGUGUUUGCGAGUAUUUUACCGAUGAAAACGUGGCAAUCCCGGUGCAGAUUCGUGUCAUGCGUACUACCAUGGAGAACGUUCGUGUCGCCUAUCAGCAGGGAGGUCACACGAGCAAGAAGGGCACGUCCUUCUUGAAGGACCACGCUUCUCAGCCGUUUAUCGCGCUAGUGAAGGCGCAGAUGCAGUCGGAGGCAGUACGCGAGCACAACGAGACGGUUGACGCGCUUGCCAUCUUGGCCGAAUACCUCAAUGAUGAGCAUGCGAGUCCCUUCAACGCUCCCGCGGUGACCCAUUGGAAGGCCAAAUUCAAGGUCACUCAGCCGAAGACCUGCGUCGAACGCAUCAACACUCUGGUGCACUUCUUGGAGAAGUUCACAGGCGGCGCUCCCAUCGGUGAUCAAGAUCCAGCGAAAGCCUGCGGAUACCGCGAUGACAUCGAGCCACUCCUCAGGGAGCACUCUUUGUUGGACGGACCUUUGAGAGCCUUUCUCAAAGCGUGGGUCACGAGCCGCGACAGAGUUGCUGUCAACGUCUGCGAGAACGCUAUCGCUACUGGUAUGAAGAUACUUAGUCUAAUCGUUGUAGUCAUAAGUCUCCGGGUACUAGAGUUCCUGUCAUGACCAAGCAAGUAUCUUCGUGUCUACUACUGGGCUUGCUUAUUAACCUCUGGUCGACCAUUCUUUUCCAGGUACCAAAGCUGACGCCGAAAUCGGAUUCGCUGCCCUCUCGGAUACUUGGCAUGACCUUGCCCCUCAAGUCCAAAACGAUUUUGCAACUCGAAUCGCCAAGAUGGGAGCUGCGCAAGCCCAACAAGGUCCCCCGCAGGUCGCUGCAGCAGACAACAGCUUCUAACGGUGAAGGUUGGCCGUCGAGGUGGUAGCAGAAGAGUGAAACAAAAUGAGACUGAGUCUUCGCGCAACAAGUAGCGAAGCGUUCACUUUUCGGGGUGGUUGCUUACAAGUAGAUAGAGCUUCAAGCUGCUUUUUCUCGUAAGUAUCAACAAUUCACACAAAUGCUUGACUUCUCGUUGCUGCAGGAUGGGGCAGCGUUUGUUAUCCCAUUCAGAGUCGACUUCAUGCUUAUGAAAUUACUGAUUUGAGUCCUCGCUUUCAAUAGUCAUCGCGAUCUGUUGUAGUUGGGAUUUCACUUGUCUGGUCUUGAUCAAUGAACGAGCAACUAUUUUCAACGUGAAAACUCAUGCACUGAGGACCGAGCAAGUUUUAUAUCUAUGAGUACGUGAGUUAUAAUUUCAGUCGCUUAAUUUUGUAGCGGUACAGGUAGAGCUUCACCAUCAAAGCAAACUAAUGCGAGAAGUAUGAACCUAAGACCCGCCACACUUGAAGGAAUGACUUUUAGUCUAUAUGAGGAAAAAGCAGCGAAAGAACGACCUGAAUUGAAGAAAUAAAUCCAAGCCCUAUAUGUUAAAUUUCUACACCUUCAGUAUUGUUUUGAGUGAUUCCCUAGUCCUUGUUUCUGCUGUUGCUAUCGUUUCGGUGCAUCUUCGAGAGUCCGCUAAUGUACAGUCUGAUAACAUGGUCGCACCGUUUACGCUCAUCGUCAUGUUUGAAAGGUGGAUAGAUAUAGCAGAAGGGUCAUGAAUUUUCUACAUAAUAACGAACUGCUAACAGAUGACAGAACUACCUUGGUUGAUUAUGAAACGGACCUGAUUCCCCGGACCUUUGGGCGCUUGUUCUCUUCGAAUUCUAUUAGAUUUCGCGUGAUUCUUGUGUCUAAUGUUUCUACAUGAAUAUUCUUCAUUUAUAAAAAAUGGUGCUGCUAUCUCGAAUGAAGUGGUCUGCUCCUUCUUGAUAGAGAAUGUGAGUUGUCUAAUCGUAUAAGACUACCUGAGUGAUAUCGCCUCGGGCUUCGAAAAUGAACUAGCGGACUUAUCUGAUCGACCUCCCUUUCUUCCCUCUUCUUUCGUGAAGUUAUCAGAGAAUCAGAAUCUUUUGAGCUCCUAAACUACCUGGUCUAUCUUAUGCGCGCUUAUCUUCGGCUCUAGUAAAAAUGAUGAUGAUAGACUGAGACACUUCAACCAAUCCCCUCAAGUCCUGCGAUUGUUGCAGCCUGAUGAAGACAGGCGAUGAAUUCCAUCCAGAAAUCUGUGGCCGCACUAGAAACCUUGGGAUGCUUGUUGUCGUUUUCUUCAACAUCUGAAGCCACGCAGAAACCUUGCGAAUGAAAUGAAAAAAAUUCCCUGAAUAGAAAUACUCUCCUCUAUGUGAUGGAAGAGGAUAGGUCUCUCUGAGAUCAUCAAAGCAGGCAUGGCUUGCCUCAGAC